CGCGGCGAUUACGUCAUCACUAGCGCGCGACGCGCGCGUUCACAGUCAGGGUCGGGUCUUCUGAGGAGAGGAAUUCCACAAACACUGCAGAAUGAAACACAGUGAAGAUACUGAAGAGCAAACAGAGUUGAUUGAAGAAAACAAUGAGAGCGAAAAAUUGAAUGAAGUUGAGGAGAAAAAUCAUGUGAAAAAUGGAGAAAAACCUUUGAGUUGCUCUCAAGCCAAACAGAAAGUUUUAAAGAAAAUAAGAGCCAAGAAAUCUUUCACCUGCACUCAGUGUGGAAAGAUUUUGACGAGCAAAAGAGGUCUUGAGCGUCACACGAGAGUUCAUACCGGAGAGAGACCAUACAAGUGUUCACACUGUGGCAAGAGAUUUAGUCAGUCUCGAGACCAGCAAACACAUGAGAGGAUUCACACUGGAGAAAAACCGUACACAUGCAAUCAGUGCGGGAAGAGUUUCACACAGAAAGUAAACCUCAAGAAGCACAUGAACAUCCACACUGGAGAAAAAUCAUCCAACUGUUCACAUUGUGGCAAGAGAUUCAGUCAGUCAGGAUACCUGAAAGCACAUGAGAGGAUCCACACUGGAGAGAAACCGUACACAUGUGAUCAGUGCGGCAAGAGUUUCACACAAAAAGUAAACCUUACGACACAUAUGAGAAUUCAUACUGGAGAAAAACCGUACAUUUGUGAUCUGUGUGGAAAGACAUUCACUCACCCUGCAAACCUUAAGGAUCACAUGAACAUCCACACUAGAGAGAAGCAGCACGCAUGUGAUCAGUGCGGCAAAACAUUUUUGAGAGCUCCUGACCUGAAGAAACACCUGCGAGUUCAUACGAAGGAGAAACCACAUUCAUGUUACUUGUGUGGAAAGAGUUUUUCGUUUCUACAAAAUUUAAAAGUACAUCUGAAAGUACAUACUGUCAUGAAAGAGUUUGUGUGCUGUGAGUGUGACAAGAGUUUUACUUCAGCUAAACAUUUGAAAAAGCACCAGAGGAUUCACACUGGAGAAAAACCUUGUAAGUGUUCACAUGGUGAUGAAAGAUUCAGUGCUUCAGGAGAUCUGAAAACACACAUAAGUAUCCACACUGGAGAGAAACCGUAUCACUGCACUGAAUGUGGGAAACAUUUCAGUCGUUUAUCUGCUUUACACAGCCAUACAAAAAAACAUUCACAGGAAGUAGAUCAUCUUCAGAUCCAGCAAUUUCAGAUCUGAUGCUGCAUCUUUACCAAAAGUUACACAAUAGUGCAAGCAAUAAAAUAUCAGCUGGAUAAAUCAUCAUCUUCGAGAUCAGCGGAUUAUACUGAUUCAGAUCAACUCAAAGAUGGAGUUCCUCCCCCAAGAACAAUGUCAAAGAUCAGUUUGCUUCAUGAUACAAAUUAUAUCAUAGUUUCAUUUGAUGUUCGAUAGUCUUAUAAUGCAUAUGUCACUUGUAGAUUUCUUACUAUUUCUUGAAGAAAAGUAGGUUUUUACAUACUGUUCUUGUUAAGGAAGCCGAAGAACAGGCUGCGAUACUUUUUAAGAAUGACUGAUAUUUUAUUUUGUAUUGUUCUUCAUUGUUGUUUUUAAAAUUAGCUUUUUUUAAAACUUAAGAACUUAAGACUUAAAGAUCCUUCUUUGCUUAAAAAGAAUGAACACCUGAACCCAGUACUAAACGAGCCCUGUGGAAAAAUUAUGAUUAUUAUGCUUUUUACCCAUCGUUCUUGUUCAGGAAGCUGACGAGACUGUAGCACUUCCAAAAAAGACUGGAUUUAAUUUUAAUUUUGUUGUUCACAGGUGUAUUUUUUUUUUAAUAACUUGUUAUUAGGAAAUGCAGGUACAAGAAAUACCGUUUUGUAUCUUAUUUCUCUGUGCUUCUCUUGUAAGUAGGAAUUAAUACCUGAACCCGCUAUUAAAUGGUUCCUAAGCAUAAAUUGCGAAAACCAGUAGUAUCGAUGAGCUCUAAUGUUAACUGUUCUGCUUUUGGUGCUGGGGGAAUUAAGAUAAUACACUUA